AUGACUAAAAAGCGCAGCUACUUCUCCGCACCAGUUGAUUGGGUUGAGUUACACAUGUUCGCUGACAGCUCAGAAGAAGUUUUUUGUGCUGUAGCUUAUCUUCGCGCCCGUGUGAAAACUUCACUCGAAACACAAGUUGCCUUCGUCUUUGGAAAAGCAAGAGUCGCGCCCAUGAAAGCGCUUUCUAUCCCGAAGCUUGAACUGCCGGCCGCGUUACUCCCUACCCGCUUGAAGGAAGAUAUCCUCAAAGCUCUAACCAUUCCUGUGUCAAACACGUUCAUGUGGACUGACAGGACCACUGUACUUCAUUGGUUAAACUCAGGCAGUAAGCAACCCACGUUCGUGGCAAACCGGAUUGGAGAGAUUUUGGAAAGUACGACCGUAGACCAGUGGUUUCACGUCUUAAGUGGAGACAACCCUGCUGAUACGGGAACCAGAGGAUUCACAGUCCUUAAAACAAGCAGCUGGGUGAACGGGCCAAGUCUGCUGAAAAACGGCGAGGGGCAUUUCAAGCCGAGCGUAGAAGUACUUACAAAAAUCCGCCUAGCUGGUCCCGCUUGUGACCUUAAUGAAGGUUAA